AUGGAGGUCACAAUUCCCCAUGGAACAACCACCAUAACUGCGCCAGCGCACACGGAUGCACCCGAAUCCCAGCUCGUCCUAUCAAUAUUCCCCGAGGUCCCCUCUGAUCCACCCUCCUCACGAUACAAUGGCCCCAUCAUAAACAGUUCACGAGGAACGACAAAUGAUAAUGCAGCAAAGGGCGAUCUGUAUGCAGCCGAGAAACACGGCAAUGCAUGCGAGCAGGAAGUCCCGUUCGAGAUGCAUGAACAUCCCCUCUUUCCGCCUCUGCCCGCAUACGGUCCCCCGACCAUCGCCUCGAACAUCAAAUACUACGUGAUUCGAGUUAUAUCCUUCGUCCUCUCACUAUGUUUCUUGACUGCGAUAUUUGUCGGCGCAUUGUCUCGUACCGCUGGGACAGUACUUGUCAACGCAGCUGCAAGACUACAAGGUCGAAAGCCUGCAUCAGGGAGGGUAUUUGAAGCCGAGGAAAUGAAACGGAGGUUAGCACGAGCCGACUCAGACCGGAAAUGGCGUAUUCGGCAACAGAAAAAACACGUUGACGAGGAGCAAGGGCCGGAUGAAUGUCCACCGCUGGAAGGGGGCAAGGAUUCCGUGGUCUGCGACGUAGCCUACUAUGCACGACGGGUCGGAUUGGACGUUGAGACCUUCCGGGUCCAAACUGAGGAUGGGUUCAUCAUCACACUCUGGCAUGUCUACGACCCCCAGGAAUAUGCAGCACUUCCGGCUGAGCAGCGACGUGAGCGCGGACCCGCGGUCUUCAAUGGCACAAAGAGCUGGCCUUCAUCCAGUUCCGGUGCAAAGCAGCGGUACCCUGUUCUCUUAAUUCACGGUUUGUUGCAGAGCGCAGGCGCUUACUGCACUAAUGAUGACGAUAGUCUUGCAUUCUUCCUUUGCAAGUCUGGAUACGAUGUUUGGUUGGGAAACAACCGAUGCGGAAUGACACCGGAGCACACCACUUUGUCUCCAUCCGACCCACGCAUGUGGUCCUGGGAUAUUCGACACCUCGGUACACUCGACCUGGCUGCACUUACAUCCCGUGUUCUCUAUGAGACCGGUUUCGAGAAACUGGGUCUUGUGUGCCACUCGCAAGGAACAACGGAAACCUUCGUGGCCCUGGCGAAGGAGCACCGACCCGAGCUUGGAGAGCGUAUCUCCGUAUUUUGUGCCCUCACACCCGCUGCCUAUGCCGGCUCCCUAGUGAGCAGGCCCUAUUUCCGCUUCAUGAGCAUAAUGUCCUCUGAGAUGUUUCGGGUCUUUUUUGGGAUUCACGCUUUCAUCCCCUUCAUGAUGACGGUCCAACGUGCCUUUCAUCCCAAAAUAUACGGCACGCUCGCGUAUUGUGUGUUUUCAUUCCUCUUCGACUGGUCCGAUUCCCGCUGGGAGCGAGAUUUGCGAGACCGCAUGUUUCAAUUCGCUCCUGUCUACGUUAGUGCUGAGAUCAUGCGGUGGUGGCUGGGAAGUGACGGGUUCGCAAAACACAAGUGCAUCCUUGCUACGGGAGACCAGUCUGCUUUCGAGGAAAAGGGAAACCAUCACGUUCAAGGCGAGGUUGGGUUAGAUCACGGAGAUGAUCCUGGAGACCCUUGUUUAACUGCCCCUGGCGACAAAGCCUGGUUCGGCCCUCAAGUACCUCCGUUUGCGCUGUGGGUUGGUGGCUCUGAUGCACUCGUGGAUGGUCGUCGACUUCUACAACGCUUCGAAAGGGGCUUCGAGCCUCAUGUGCGAGUCGUACACUCGAAGGUCAUUGAGGAGUAUGAGCAUCUCGAUGUCCUAUGGGCUAUGGAUGCUGUUGAGCAAGUCGGAAAGGAAGUUCGCCAAGUUAUCUGGAACACAGUGCCCGACGAAGCCCGAGACCUCUGCCGCGUUCCCCGAGGGGUGAACCAGAAUCUGCUCGAGACAGGUGUAUAUAACUGUAAAUAG